AUGCGCAUCUCCAGAACCUUGCUCCACGAGGCUCAUGAGGCCGCUAGUGUCUUUGUUGCACCACGGCUGCGUGAUCGUCGUCUUGCUUCCGAAAUCAAGGAAGCUGCUGCCUUUAUUUCCGCCGAGCGCGUUCGCUACAAUGAAGCCCUGACCCAAUACAAUGCUCAAGUCGAACAACAAAAGUCCACCGAAACCCCAGAGUCAACCGAGACUUCUACCAUCACUCCCCCCGUGGCCACUGUCCCCUUAACAGGCAACGCGCUUUUUGCCACAAUCCCUGCUCCUCUCGCCAACUUUUUCCGCAAGUACCCCCCUGCUCCAUUCCGCCAGUACAGCAAGACACCAACAUCUAUCGAUGAUCCUACAGCAAACCCCUUUUUGGCCAACACCAACCCCAUCACUGGUCGCAUCCAGGAUUCUGUCUACUCUCUGCGUCGCCAAAGUGAUUUGUAUAAGGCCGCAUACCGCUACGGUAUUGCACACUUGCUGCCGCCGCUGCAAAACGGCAAGACCUUUUACGAGGAGAAGUAUGAAACAAAGGUCCCCGUCAGAGGUGCUUCUCGCUUCAAGCUGUCGAUUGCCGAGCGCAAGGCACCUGCUAGAAAACAGGAAAUGGCAGAGGCAAUUGCCAAGGCCGACGAGGUCAUUGCAAAGUCUCGUGGUGCCAAGUGGAGACGCAAAUUGGAGCAGAAAAACAAGAAGCCCUUGCCAUGGUUUUAA